GUGGCGCCAACAUGGAUUAACAGAACGCCUGCAGGGGAAAAGGGCCAAAAACAAAAUGAAAUGCAGGAACACCAAAUAUUUCAUUCGGGAUAGCUCUGGCCAUGUAGUCCUUGGCAUCGCUCUUGGCACCCCUGAUGUUUGCAUCCAAUUCAACCCAAGCUUUGGGUUCUUAUAAAGCCGCCUCACUUGGCGAUCUCUUGUUUUCUUCUUUCUCGCGGCUCAGAAGUCAAUCGCCAAGUUUCGCCAGGACGCCGAUAUUCCAACUAGAGCCACUCCUUACGACUCGACACUUCCCAAGCUAAUCAUAAUGCGAUCCUCUACUGUUGCCAUGGCUGCCCUGCCGGUUGCUGCCCGCGCUGUUUGCAACCCGAGGUAUACAAACGAUACCACGUCUGCAGCUUGCAUUGUUACCGAGUACUCGGCUAUCGCUGCGGCCGUCGCCAACUGCACAGACAUCGUUCUCCAGGACAUCUUUGCCCCUGCAAACUCGAGCAUCAAUCUCACCAAGUUGCAGGCUGGCAGCAGAGUCACCUUUGCUGGUAACACCACUUUCGGUGACACACCUGACCAUGACUUCAUCCCAAUUCAGGUCUCGGGAACAAACCUGACCAUCACUGGAGCCGAGGGCCACGUGAUUGAGGGUAACGGAGCUGCGUACUGGGAUGGUCUGGGUUCCAACGGCGGCGGUUCCAAGCCCAACUGGAUGUUAAAGCUCUCCAAGGUGUACAGCUCCACCGUCAGCGACCUGCACAUCGUCAACUGGCCUGUACACAACAUCCAGAUCACGGGCAGCAGUGGUGUGACCAUCGACGGCCUGAACCUGGACAACAGCGCCGGUUUCGCGCCCAACGACAUCUCCGACGGCUUGGCCGCUGCCCACAACAGUGACGGCUUUGGCGUCGCGAGCAGUGACAGCAUCUCCAUCAUCAACACCAGGGUUAUCAACCAGGACGACUGCGUUGCCGUCACUAGCGGUACCAACGUGCUGGUAGACAACGUCUACUGUGAGGGAGGACACGGCCUCUCGAUCGGCUCCAUCGGCGGCAAGAGCAACAACACCGUCAACGGAGUGGUGUUCAGCAACAGCCGGCUCGUCGACUCGAGCAACGGUGCCCGCAUCAAGUCCAACUCCAACACUACCGGUGAGGUCUACAACAUCACUUACAAGAACAUCACCAUGUCUGGCAUCACCGACUACGGUCUCGAUGUGCAGCAGGAUUACCUCAACGGCGGCCCGACCGGUGAGCCCACCAACGGUGUCAAGAUUGCCAACAUUACCUUCAUUGACGUUACGGGUACCGUCACUGGAGAUGAUGCUUACAACUACUACAUUCUUUGUGGUGAUGGCAGCUGCACCAACUUCUCCUACACGAACGUUCAGAUCACGGGAGGCAACGAGAGUUGCAACUACCCUGCCUCUGGUUGCCCCAGCUAAAGGAUCCAAGUUGCAGAGAAACUGUAUAAAAUUUUUAUAGACUGUAUAUAAAUUGUUCACCACCAAAAUAGUAUU